UUAGCAUUCUUGCGUACCUAGUAAGUACCAAGGGUUAAGGUUACCAAACAUUUAAUCAGAUAACUUCAAGAACCAUGGACCUCCUCAUGAUGUCCAGGGUUCUUGAUUUGUUCGUCUGUCGCCUGGGGUUACUCGGAAAAUAUCGACAUACAACACCAUGGCAGACCAGAUGCAACCAAGCCUGUACGAUCUCCCUCAAAGUCCACCCAACUUCGACAAGGUCGGAACUUUCUAUAUCGCCUUUUGCGCAACAUGGACAUUUCUCUUGCUGCUCGGUGUGACAUUUCUGAUCGUCAAUCGUAAAAAUCCGAUUCUCAAGAUCCGUGCUUUAGGGUUGUCUCUCACAGCCAUCCUCUUCCUCCACCUAUACUGGAUCCUUGCUCAGAUAACAUACCCCAUCGGGCUAACACUCCCCGUCAUCGUGGCCUACGAUGUUCAAUAUUUCUUCAUGGGCAUUUGGUUUCCACUGGGCGUUGCGCUGUUCCAUGCCUCUAACACUCGCUUCCUCUAUGUCGCCAAGCGACAGAAGCAAUAUGCUCAGUCUCCCAAGCUUCGAAGGAAGAAGCAGGGCUGUAAUGGAGCUGCGACUUCUUGGCUUUGUCGGCUGAGAAACAUGGAUUAUCCGACUAGGAUUCUGAUCUAUAUCGGCUUAGGCAUGAUACUCCAGGUUCUUCUCACUGUUGGUAUGUGGCUCAUGUGUCGCAAAUAUCAUCCCACUUUUGGUAUUGCCGGUACAGACCUUCCCUCUGGAACGAUUGCCGAGCAGAUGAUAGAAUUGAGUCGUGGAUGGGAGUGGUGGCCCUCGGCACUGUGGCAGGCAAUCUGGACGUGGAUUAUUGCACCAAUUAUGAUCUGGAAAGCUUGGGGUAUUCGUGACACGUUAGGCUGGCGCUUUCAGACUAUCGGUUGCUGUCUUGCGAAUCUCCACGCAACACCGAUGUGGUUGAUAGCUAUGUACGUACCGGCCUUUACGAAGGUCAACACUUACUUUGCUCCAAGUGAAUGGAUCCAUCUCUCCGUCAUGUGCUUCGAAAUCUUCGCCGUUUUCGUUCCAUGUUGGUUAGUCGUGAGGCAAUAUCGACUUCGUAAAAGAGCUGCCGAUUCGAACGCUAAGUGGGAGACGGCGUCCCAAUCAACACUUAGAAAAUCGAGUACGGUCGAAUGGAAAACCGCCUCUUUCAUCGAGAAAGGUCUUACCAUAGACUACUUGGAUCGGGAGAUGGGCGACCGCUUAUUUACUAUGAGUGCGCUAGACCACGUUCUAAGCGAGAACCCGGGCCCGCUGCAAGAAUUCUCGGCUUUGAGGGAUUUCUCAGGAGAGAAUAUUGCCUUUCUAACUAACGUUGCUUCGUGGAAGUCUUCGUGGCCCGGUGGCGCAACUGAAGACCAGAUCCGCGACGCGUUCACUCGCGGGUUGGUUAUCUACACGAGCUUCAUCAGCCCCCGUGAUGCCGAAUUCCCCAUCAAUAUACCUUCGAAAGACCUGAAGCAACUCGAAGCCAUCUUCGAGAGGCCUGCGCGAAUAGUAUGCGGAGAAGCACGUGUGGAUCCAGCUACACCAUUCUCGAUGGACGGGUCCUCUUCAGGUGCCGAUGGAGAAGCAGAUUCUGAUCGGGAUUGGAUUGAGCUUGGGGAAGUUGCCGGUAGGAUCCAAUAUGUUGGCGAGAUAUCAGAGGAGUUCGAUUUCGGUGUAUUCGAUCGUGCGCAGGCGCACAUCAAGUACCUCGUCCUAACGAAUACAUGGCCGAAGUUUGUCACAGAGAUACAAGAGCAGAGACGUUCCGGUGAAACCGAACGGAGUGGGAAUACCGGGAAAUCGAGCUCGACAGUCGUCAGCCGUGUUUCGAACCUUAUACGUUCCAUACUAUGAUUUCGUGCGAGAAUAGUGUAAGAUAAUGUUGGGGAGGUAGAUUUCUUUGCUUACAUAUACCCGAACGUAGCUUAC